CUACUCUCGUCCUGCUCGGCACGACGAAGGAUGCAAUCCGAUGAUAUUAUUUGGAUGAUCAUAAGCAAAAGAUUUUGCUCUUUUAAAGUCAAAACGGAAAAGCAAGACUUUUGCAGGAAUCAGUAUAAUGUUACGGGACUGUGUAACCGAGGUUCUUGUCCCCUGGCGAACAGUCAAUACGCCACAAUCAUUGAGGAAGAGGGCAAGUGUUACUUGUACAUAAAGAGCAUUGAGAGAGCGCACAAACCCGCUGAACUAUGGGAAAAAAUUUAUUUGAGCAACAGCUAUAAACAAGCACUUGCGUUGAUCGACAAGCACCUCCAAUAUUGGCCUCAAAAGACGGUAUUUAAGGUGAAGCAGCGCCUGACUAAAAUGUGGCAGUACCUGAUAAGAAUGCGUAAACUGAGGCACAGUCUUCGACCAGAGCUCAUUCCUAUUGUUUCUAAGGUUGAGCGCCGAGAAAAGGUCAGAGAGUAUAAGGCUCUCAGCGCCGCGCAAAUUGAGCAAAAGAUCAAAGCAGAACUGUUAGAGCGACUUCGCUCUGCCAAUGUUUAUGGAGACAUUUACAAUUUUGCGCCAGAAGCGUUCAAUGAGAUACUUGCCGAGACGGAAAUAGAAAGUCAGGGCUACGGCGACGAAACAUGCGAAGUCGAUGACGAAACUUUCAUCGACGCGGAGGAUUAUGAUGAUGAGGAAGAGUUGAGCGAUCUGGAGUCCGAAGACGAACUGCCAGAACCAAAGAGAAAAGGACCGACCAAUGACAGUUCUAUGGAUGACAGGAAAAAAAGGAGAAAGAGAAGGAUUGAAAUUGAGAUAGAAGAGGAGGCGGGCGCUCGCAUUUAAGACAGAAUACCCCGCAUGCAAUCGAACAUGCUGCAGAAGAAUUUUGUUUUUCACUGUUCUCGAGGAAAGUGUCAUUUUAUGAGACGCUUUGACGGUCUGAGUUUUUGCGGGCUGUCAGCAGGACUUUCGCGCGUGUAUGAGAGCGGUCUCAAAAAUAAGUUCAUUUUUUUGAUUCAGCGUUUUGCGGCUCGGCGAGCGGUGAUUGGCAACGUCGGGGGUUUGGCGAGAGUGCUGCAUACGUUAAAGAGCUGUGCUUUUUAUAGAUAAAAAACAUAAUUUUCUUAUUUGGCGUUUUUUCUUCUUCUUUGUUCCAAGACGUAUUUGAUGGCGGGGAACGGCAGCGACAUCACCAGUGGAAGGAAUACGAUAUACGUUUUUUCUGUCGGGAAUGUGUAGAGAGGGAGCAUGUCCGGAUCUGACUCGAGUUGUUUUGCGUACCAGAGAGAGCGAGAAGAGUGUUCAAGUGCUUUUUCGCUUUGUAAGCGGGAUGCGAUACCGCUUUGAAUGGACAGUUCUACGAGGCGGAAAAUGUGGUCUUCUAGGACUACGUGUUUUCGGUCUAGGAUUAGUGAAAACGCAUGUAGGAUUUUUUUGACUUCCAGUAUAUUUUUGGAUAUCAAGUGUCUGGCUAGGCAGUCUAGUUCCCAUUGAGCGAACCCGACCUUUUUAUUGGGUAUAUGGUAAAAGGAUAUGUUCUGGAAGACGUGGACGUAUUCGAAUUCUGAAAACCCAAGCAAUUGGCGGAGUUGAGAGCGGAAAAGGCUGAAGCUCAAACGGAGGUCCGCCAAGUCGAGCGUGGAAGACGCGUCUUCUGGAUCGCACGAGUGAAACACGAAUCCACCAAAAUCGAGGUCGACAAAUGCCGGUGUGUAUUGAGAAGGUGAGACUUGAACGGCGAGAGGAGAGUGGUCCGUAGACGGAAUAAACAGAUUAAAGUAUAAUAUCGUUUCGAAGGGAGAUUUAUCUAAGCCAGAUCUUGAUGCGAUCGAAUCGUAAUUUAGACUGUCCUUGAGCAUGUCAAAAGGGAAAUAGUAAUAUUUUUUUUGGUCGUAGAUCGGUUCCAGAUUGAGUCGGUGAUGAUAAAGAAUUUGCGACUCGAUAGUCAAAUUCAGUACAGAAUUUAAAGCCU